UGCAUAUCUGCAAAAGCACCGAAGAUUUACACAAGACGUCGUUUAAGGUUGUUUGUCUUGUGCUCCACAUAAGUCAAAAUCUCUUAUCGACUUCAACAAUUGAAUCCCCAAGGUCUUUCUCCUACGCUUCCACUUCCUUUUCCUGGGGUCCUAUGAAAAAAGGAAAUGAUAAAGGACGCUGCAGAAAGCAUGGAUACUGACUUUGUUUAGGCAAAUGAAAAAAAACGACCCUCACAUGAAAAUUGUGAGGUUUCAACCAAUUCUGAUUCUUUUUCGGUAGCCAAGAUUGAAAUGCAAGAUAAUCUUGUACAAGUAAAUGAAUCACAAGCUUCAUUUGUUGGAACUUUAGAGACGGGCAAGGACACUGCUGAAAUUUGUUCAGAAGUAAGAUUGGCGAUAGAGGAGAAAACCAAGUUUAGAAAAAGGAUGGAGCAGCAGCAGCAGUUUGAUUCCUCAGAAAGUAGUAGUCAAAGUCAAACUGACAAGCUGCCUGAGGAAGUUGGCCUUACUAACACUGAUCAAAUGGAUGGUAUUUCAACUUUAACUAUAUCAGAACAAGAAAAUAGUGGAGAAAGAAUCGGUUCAUAUGAUACAAAAGAAAGAAAGGAUGUUUCUCUUGCUAUUAUUACACCUCCUGUUAGUCAAUUGAGGAAUAAACUUCUUGUUCUUGAUUUGAAUGGGUUGCUUGCUGACAUAGUCUAUCAACCUCCAAAGACUUUCAAAGCAGAUGCAUAUAUAGGAGGACGGGCAAUUUUUAAGAGACCUUUUUGUGAUGAUUUCUUAAGGUUUUGUUUUCAGAGGUUUGAAGUUGGUAUCUGGUCUUCAAGAUUGAGGAAAAAUGUGGCAAGAUUCCUCAACUAUUUGAUGGAAGAUAUGAAACAUAAAUUGCUGUUUUGUUGGGAUUCAUCUCACUGCACUGCCACACAAUUCAAUACUCCUGGGUAUAAAUAUAAGCCCUUGGUUUUUAAAGAAAUGAGGAAGAUUUGGGAAAAACAUGAUCCUGAUCUUCCAUGGGAGAAGGGAUAUUACAAUGAAUCAAAUACGUUGUUGAUAGAUGAUUCUCCUUACAAAGCACUGCUUAAUCCUCCACAUACUGCAAUAUUUCCUUAUUCAUUCAAGUUCGACAGUAAUGACAAUUCACUAGGUGCUGAAGGUGAUCUUAGAGCUUAUUUGGAAAGAUUAGCUUUGUCUGACAAUGUACAGAACUUUAUAGAGCAAAACCCAUUUGGUCAGAUAGCUAUCACUGAAAGAAGCAAUGACUGGAGCUUCUACAGCCAGGUUAUCAAUAUAUGCGCUCGUCCUGAACUACAAAGUAAUGUCAGUCUCCCAGCUUAGCUUUGAGUCUAGAUUACGUUUAGCAUAAGCAACUUACAUGCAAAAAGAAUCUGAGAGAAAGCAUAAUGGUAAGGUUCUCGGGAGGAUUUAGCUUUGUUUUUGUAAUUUUGUUGAAUCACAUAGAGCUAGUUAGCAAUGGUACCCAUUGUUUAUUUUUCCAACAAUGUUUAGGGCAAGCUAAAUGUUGGAAACAUGAUUUGCUUGACCUUUGUGUAGCAAUCCUACUCUUAUCAAGGAAUUGCUGUUAUGACUGUUGUUAUUGUUUUCUUUAUGGAUAUAAAUUAUUUAUACACGGAGAUGACAUAAGUCUGAUCUAAA